AAAGAGGAAGGACAUUUUGCAUAUUUCACUCUCUCACCUCCAUUUUACAACUUCAGUCUCUAAAAAUGUUGUUAUAGUGAUUUCCAAUUCAGACCAAAUCCAAGUGAACCACACCACAAUUAGGUACAAAGGAGAAGAAGUUACUUCCGUUUCAUCAUUGAAAGCUUCAGCAGUAGUGAACGGUAACUGAUACGAUGUCAUUGAGACGUUUCUUAGGCUAUUCUGAUGGCGAGGUCAUGAGGUCUGAUGCAAAACCUUGUUCUAGACUAAUGAGACACACAGCCGGAAUCUUUAGUGUUGGUGGAGCUUUGGGAUUUUGGGUCCUUUGCCGAAUGCACUAUGGUCCUCGAAUUACAAUUCCUAGGAGUCUUCGUUGGGCAGCAUGUGGAGCUGUAACUGUAAGUUCAAGCACAGCUUUGCUGGUUCGUUUGUUUAGUCCUGAAUGUGAACCCCAAAAUAUAGCUGCUUAUGACAAUAAAAAGUAGCACUGGCAGUAACUCCCUCCUUUCCCCCACAUACAGAAAUAGGGAAAUGAUAAAUUUGGAGGUGUUGUGAGAAUGAAAUCGCGUUACUCUUGUAACUUAAUAAUCUACAUAAUGAGGCAGGUUACAAAUAUUUUGCAUCCGUAAGUUUUUUGGUAUAAAUUACCUUUUAUAGUAUCAAGAGGUGAAAUUGUUACUUUCA